AUGUCAACAUCAUCAACUAGUAAUGAAGAAUUUGUUACACCGAUGAAAUUACCAGCAUCUCAUCAAUAUGUUGUACCAUCAAAAGUAAUCACCAGUCCAGUUGAAUUGAAUCAAUUCCUAGCGUCAAACACUGCCAAAUCAUUACUUUUAUUCAUACAGAGACUAGGUGAUAUUGUAGUUAGUAAAUCUAAUUCAUAUCAAUGUAAUGUUUCAAAUACUGUAAAUACAAUGAUCGAAGUAUUGAAUCAGGUGAAUCAGUGGAUAGAUGAAAUACCACCAUUGUCACAACCAAUGCGAUAUGGAAACAAAGCAUAUAGAACUUGGAAUCAACGUUUGUUGGACAAUGUCGAGGAGCUACACAAGCGAUUCGUACCGGAAUCGAUGCACAGCGCCAUACAGGAGCUGUCACCAUACUUGAUCGAUGCGAUGGGCAAUGCAACCAGACUCGACUAUGGCACCGGUCACGAGUUGCACUUUGUCGCGUGGCUCUACUGUCUGCGUGCUGUAGGUGUGGUCGGUGUCGACGAUGAGACUGCACUCGUACUCAAGGUGUUCCCCACCUACCUCACACUGAUACGCAAACUCCAGAGAAUCUACGGACUGGAACCGGCAGGAACACACGGUGUCUGGUCACUCGACGACUACCAAUUCAUCCCAUUCAUCUGGGGUGCAGCGCAACUCACCGACACCACAUUCAAACCCAUAGACAUCCUCUCAUCCGCCAUCAUAGAUCAAAACUAUGAAAACUAUAUUGGAGCAGCUUCUUGGAGUAAGAUACAUCAGGGAAUGAUGAAGAAGUUCUACGCGGAAGUAUUAGAACUUAAAAAGUUAAGUUUAGCAUCAACUCAAUUGGUAGAUACAAACCCAGUAAGAAUUCAAUUGGUCAAUUAA